AUGAAACUUUCAAAGAAUUUACUUGCUGGAGGCUUGGCAAGAUGUGGUGCAGCUAUGAUUAUGUUUCCUAUUGAUGUUGUGAAAACAAGGUUACAAUUUCAAAGAGAAGAUGCCUUCAUGCAAGGAAAAUUACGUCAUCACUACAAGCACGGAAUUGAUGCCUUUACUACAAUUUUAAAAGAAGAAGGUUUCAGAGGUCUGUACAAGGGUCUUUCAGUUCGUCUUAUUUACAUUACACCAGCCGCAGCUGUUAGUUUCACAGUAUAUGAACAAUUUAUGCAAUCUAUCCAAGGCAGACUCUCCACUAUUUCAUCAAAAGAUAAUUCCUCCGAGGAAAAGUCAAGCCAAUUUUCAUGGACUACUCCUCUUUUAACACUCUCUGCUGGUCUUUUGGCCAGAAUUUUUGGUACUGCCUGCAGAACACCUUUCGAUAUUGUGAAACAACAAUUACAAGUUGAGGGACAAUUGAAAUUGAAUAAGACUGAAAGAAAUUUAAGAAAUGGAAUUAUUGGAACAGCAAAGAAUAUUGUAAAACAAGAUGGUUUUUCUGGAUUCUUCUCUGGAUAUUAUGUAACUUUAUUGAGAGAUGCUCCGUUUGCCGCCAUCUAUUUUACAUCUUAUGAAACUAUUAAGAGAAUGCUUAGUAUUAAGCAACAAAAGCAUGAAAUUUCAACAGAUGAAUUGGCCAAGAAGAGACCAGGAAAAUCCAUUCAUCACUUGUUUGCUGGAGCAUUGGCAGGAGCUAUUGGCACAACAUGUACAAUUCCAGUUGAUGUUGUCAAGACCAGAUUACAAACUCAAAGCAAGACUGGCCUUAGGGAAUAUGAUGGAGUAGUUGACGCAUUCCGAAAGAUUUACAAACAAGAGGGUCUGAAGGCAUUUUCUAAAGGUUUGGGUCCAAGAUUAAUCUACAUUAUGCCUGCAUCUGCUCUCACUUUCACACUCUACGAAAAAUUGAAAGUAUUUUUCAAAAUUGAAAACAGCAACUCAACUGAAUCCACUAACAGUGCUUAA